UGCUAGGCGGAAGCGGCCGUGGCGGGCGGCAUGGCGGGCAUGGAGCUGGGCGUUGGGCCGGGGGUGCUGGUGCUGCAGCUGCUCUGGGGGCUGGUGCUGUUGCUCUGCCUGGCGCUUUCCCGGGCGGCCGGGCGGGCCCGGCUCGCCGUGGUGCUGGUGACGCUUGGAGCCGCCGUUCUCAGCGCCGCGCUACUGCUCUUCCCCCGGGAGGACAAGGGUCCGCCCGCAGCCGUCGCCGAUGAGAUCGUGGACACCUUCUUUAUUGGCCGCUUCGUCCUCCUGGCCGUGAUGAGCCUGGUCCUACUUGGGUGCCUGUUCCUGCUCCUGAUUUACCACCUCAUGGAGCCAGUGCAUGCCAAGCCACUCCACAGCAGCUAGCGACAGCUGGAGACAGCAAUCCCUGAAAGAGGAAAUCCCAAUUUCAUGGAAAAUAAACCAGGAAGGGAGACCAGGAGACUGUUCUGGAGGUGAAUGUAUCGUUUUUUCUGAGCUCAGAAAGAACCAGCAAAGCAAGUGAAGUGUGUCACUUGCAUCCAGUGCUGUGUGUUUCAUCUUGAAAAGCAGAAUUUGAACUGAGCAUGAGCACUCGCCUGACUCUCCAGGGGGGUUCAAGCCUCUGUAGACUGCAAAGGUGUUUUAACCUCUCUCUUCUCUUUUACAGGAGAGUUGAAAUCCAUGCACUUUGUACUACACUUCAGUGUAAUGAACUGAACCGAGAUGGUUUGUUAUCGUUAUCCACAAGAGAUGGUUUGUUACCAUGCCUUUUUCACCUUAUUUUAAUAAAACUCUCUGAGAAACCCUGA